AUGACACCAGCACCUCACUUCGACCGCCAUGGCGUUGCGGAUCCCAUGCUGCUGCACACCGAACUGGGCAGUCUCCUCAGCGAUGCCUUCCUCUCGACCCUCCCAAACGCUGGUCCAAGCCCUGACAUGGCGACGCCGCCAAACGACUGCAAGCUGCAGGGCUCCUUGGCACAAAGCGUGUCCACGCAUCAGGACGGCCCUUUCCCCGGGCCCUCGAUGGACACAAAAGGCCAGCAGCGGACGUCCGGGGCGAGAAAAGCAGCCAAACGCAAAAAGGCACAAUGCCCGACGCAGGCCGGCACGCCGAACGAGCGGGCGCGGCGCGAGGUGAAUCUGGAGAAGAACCGGCUGGCGGCGAACAGGUGUCGGAGGAAGAAAAGAGACUGGACGGACAAGCUGGAGGACAGACACCGCAACCUCUCCGUCCACAACCAGCUCCUGCACGCCGAAAUCUCGGGCCUCAGGGACGACAUCUUCGCGCUGAAGGACAUGGCGCUGCGGCACGCAGACUGCGGCUUCCGCCCGAUUGACGACUAUGUGAAGCGCGAGGCGGAACGCGUGCGAGCACAGGCGCGCGGAAGCUGUGAUUUUUCGUCUUUGCCCUUCUCCGAAAGGUUGUAA